AUGGGUUGGUCGACGACACCCGGUGACAGGGGUCUGUUUUGGAGGCAGCAACCGCAAGACAUCGACCUCACGACGCCGGGACAGAAUCGAGAACCCUCCCCUCCGACACAAGAACACAUAGAAGUCUGUGAAGACGACGAAGGACCGGUGGCGUUGAACACGUGUCCGGGCACGGAUGGCGACUUCACCGGUCCACGCGCGGCACGUUCGGGAGAAGGGGACGGGACGCCGGAGCGGUCGCACACAAGCCUCUCUGUCUCCAGACAACCCGCACGUUCCGGGAGGGGCCAGACAAAGCGAGCCCCGGGGUGGGGGCCUUCUGCCGGGCGGUACUCCAAGGUUGGAGGGGUGAGCAGGCUCCGGCUUGCACUGCAAGGAGGAAAGUCUUCGACAAUCUUUGCCCAGGGGGCGACGACGAGACGGAUCGCUUUGGCGAGAGAUUCGCCGGGUGGUGGGUGGCACGAGGGCCGCGAGCUCGAAACGGUCCCGGAAGGAUCGGGGGCAACCGAGAUGGCGCCAGACGCAACAAUGGAAGAAAUGUCGGGUUUCCUCGGCGACAAGGAAUGCGGAAAGGAAUCACCCCCAGACAGGGCAGCGGGAGGGUCGAGAGCCGAGUCGGCCUACGUCGAAUACCGCGGCAACGCUGCAGGUGAUGACGGAGAGUCCGACGGAGAAAGAUGUACGGGUAGCGUAGAGAUGCAAGGGCAAAAUGAUGGAGACCAUCCAUUCGGGAGACUGGGGCCGCCGAUGUUAGAGGAAGAAUCGAAAGGAAGAGGGGGGCUCGCGGGCGACCUCACCGGUGCCGGCCGCUCGGAAGCGACGGGGCUAUUCCCCCUCCCUCCAGCACGAGGCCCGGGGGCAUACGAUGCUAUCGGAGUGCCUCCUGACAAGCCGGAGAAAGAUGGCGGCCGUGGCGGGAACUGGGAGAAGGAUGACGGCAAGCCAUCUCCGCUGGUCGUUGGAAGCUCCUCAACGUCACCAUCAUCGUCGGUCACCCGCAACGUCAGUGAGGGGGUCGCCAGUAGGUACCAACGCCGAACCGAGUUCGCCUUGCCGCCCCCUCCGGCGUCUUCCGCUGCUACCGGAGGAGUGUCUUGCGGCGGAGGGACCGACCACCGGCGGUCGUCCUCGUCUCCGCUACCCCCGCGGUCUCCGCGAAUCUACCGCCCGAGCCCCAAGUCCGAGGGUAGCGAUGACGAUGACCCCGCCGGCAUGUCAAUCAAGUCCCCUUCCUCCUUGUCGGACGUGGGGUCAUCUGACGAAUCGGGGUUCGAAUCAUCCUCCGCGUCCGGUCGACCUCUACCUGGUGAAAGUGGGACAAGUGCAAGAUCUCUUACAGUUGUCAAGGUCAAGGAGAAGAGGGCCGGAGGGAAGGAAAGCAGCAGUAGGGGCGUCAUGCGCAGCAGGAACCGGGCGGCGCUUGAACGACGUGCUGCCAGUGGCUGUGGCGGUGGUCGCCACGAAAUAUGCGCCAUCCUGGGCGGCGGAAACGAUGGGGCCAGGUUCAGCGACGGCGGCGGCGUGGUAGGGAAUAACCAGGGCCUAACGGCUAAGGCAGCAAGACACGAUGAAUCUCGUCAUCUCAGCAGCAGCAAUAUCGGCAGCAAUAGGCACACUCACGACUCAGACGGUGAGGGCCAAGAGGUUUUCCCUUUGCCGAGGAAGCAAGAGCUCCAAGGAGGACGAGGAGCGUUACAAGUUGGAGAGCAAUUGCACUGCGGCGGAACAAGCACCAGCGAAGGCGGUAUUGGGCUGGGCCUUGUCCUGGGCCCCCCGUCGGACACCAGCAUUUCGGACCUCUCUGACGGAGGAUUUGACAGCAGCAGCAGCAGCAUAGGUUGGAACACCAAAGACCAUGGGUUUAGCUUUGAGCCUCCGUUUUGCCAAACUGGUGCAGCGACCUAUGGUGCAAUCGACAUGGGUGCUCUCCCAGAUGCCGCCGAACUACUUAGCACACCAACCGAAAGCCUUGAUUGUACAACGACCGACGAUAUCGCACCUGCUCCUGCUUCUGUAGAGGGCAAAGGUAUCGGCGGCGUGCUGGAAGAGGUGUGUCUUCUGGCGCCGGAGCAACCGCAGCCACAGAAGCCGCGAAUUAUCGAGCUGUACCGCUCCAGUCUGGCUUCGUCGACCUCGGUGUCGUCUGGCGGCCACCGCAACAGCAGCAGCUGCAGCAGCAGCAGCAGCAGCAGCUGCAGUAGCUGCACACCAUCAGGGCUUGCCCGUACAGAUUUGAAGAGCAAGGGGGACGAUGAGGAGUCGCUUGAGGUAUCGCUAGGGUCCUCCGACUACACGGCGGAUCCCUUCACAGGCAACGUCUCGCUGGGCUCCUUGAAUCUAAGGCAAGCAGUCUGCAGAGACAUUCGUAGCGACUCCGGGUCGUCGGACACCGAGCAAUCCUUCUCCGUGGGAAACGUCGGCAGCUUUCCUGCUGCGGCCACAGGUGCUGCUUCAGCGCCAAGUGAGCAAGCUGCCGCGAAGGUAAAACCUACCGACAGCGUCGACGAGAACGGCGCUGGCGAUGGCCGCACUGGCGGCGAGGUUGCUCAAGAGGCGACGAGGGAGGGGAAGGAUGGAGACGAAGGGCAGGAAGGAGAACAACCCCGCCUGUUCGAGAGCCUUAUCUCGGUCGGUAUUCCAGCGCACUGGGACCUGAGGCCGUUGACCAACAAGCCCACCUCCGCGGAAGCGAGCGGGCGUGACGUCACUCCCUCGGCAAACCGUCGAACCUGGGGAAUAUACGACAACGAAAGCGACAACACCAACAGAAGCAGCGGCGGCGGGAGUGGGGCAGGAAGCUGGAUACGAUCAGUGUUUUCUUCUUCUCCUUCUGGUGGCAGAAAAGUGGGAGAAAAGCCUCCAGCUGACGUUUCCCCAAGGCCUAGAUCGAUCGACCCCGGCCCUCGCCGUGGCAAUCUUUCAGCGAAGUCGUCCUCGUCGGUGGCGGAAGAGACAACGGUGUCGGCGCCUGCCGGUACCAUCCCCGACGGAGACGAUGAUGCCAACCACCUGCGGGAUGUCACCGAUACCGCCAAGGAGGAAGCAACGACGCCAGUUCCCCACGGGAGUGUCGAGGGGCGAUUGGCACCUCAGGUUCUAGCCCGCUACCCUCCAGAGGCGACCCUUCCUUUCAACGUGUCCGACUACUGCUUCCCGCAAGGCGUUCGCGCGACAAAGAUUGACGCACGGGCAUCCCAGAGCAACCUCAACAAAGUGCUCUAUCAGCCGGGCGCGUGUCAGCGUGGGAGCCAGUCCUUCGUCUUCAUGUUCUCAGGGGACCACGGUUUCCGGGUCGCCGGGGAGGCCCGGAACCACCGGACGUAUGGCGUGUGCGUCACCUACCCGAAGGUCAUAGCUUCCCGCGAGGUUGGCCGCAAUGAAUCCGAAAGCGGCAGCUCCCCGCAGGGUGACGAUGUCGGUGAGGAGGACAAGAAUGGUACGGCUUUGACGGCGGCGCCGUCGGCCGAAACGUCCGGUACGGCUGUGACGCCUGAGACAGUGAAGAGAGGGGGAGACGAGAAGGGCAGAGGGGCACAGGGGCAGUCGCCGCCUCACACCAGGGGGGGGAGGAGGGGGAGGCGCGGUGGUGGAUACAAGGGAGGCGGCAGCAACGGAGCAGACGUGCAGGUGUGGGGGUGCUACUGCUUGUUGAGCCGCCUGCCCCUCUUCGACCUCCACUUCCAAAUUCUCUGGGACCUCCUUGCAGCAGAAAGGAUCAUGCGUAUGAAGGUACGGGCACCCAGAUAUCGCCCAGCUCCAACUGCAGGUAUUUCGCGGAGAUACAGAAGCACCCUGCAGCCGACACCUUACGUCACUGCAAGACGCAUGAGGCAGCUGUAUAUGCAACAGGCUGUGCCGGCUCCUGGAGAAACGGUACGUUUCCAAGUCCACCCCGACCUACCGGAGAUACACUACCAGCGAGGAGCCAUGGCAGAGUUCCACGGGGGGCAUCAAAUCAAGAACUCCGGCGUGGGCUUUGCUAGCUAUGACAGUUUCGCCAGCCUGAGGGGAGAUCGCAUUCCGCCGCACGUGAAAGACGGCCGCGAGAUGAUCGAUGGCGUCGCGGCAUGGGCAUUACCAGGCACGCUGUCCCUCAUUCCCUUCGACAUCCUUGUGGCGGUCGUGGGUGCUCUUAUGUGCGAGUAUCAGGUGAUCGUCGUGAGCGAGGAUUUGGGGCUCCUGUCCUCGGCCGUUCUCGCCCUCGCCGCGCUGACCCGGCCCCUCCUGUGGGUGCACCCGCUGGUGCCGGUGAUGCCGAUUGACAUGGCUGAGGUGCUUUCAGCCCCCGUGCCGUAUCUAAUUGGGACGCCUCGGCUGGUGGCUGGGGCGGAGGGCCGUGGACGCGUCCAUGGACCGCUAAGUCCCGGACAGGUUCUCCUCGACGCUGACGAAAAGAAGGUGGUUUUUGCUCGUGCGGAAGAUGCCUCGCGAACCGAGCUUCCAAGAUCUCGGGCCCUGCUAGCACGGCUAGCCCCCCUCGCGAAAGUUCUCGGCGAAAGCUGCGUGGGCGUAAAGAGGGAAACCCCGCUGCAUCUGGCCAGCGGAAGCCAGGCGGCAGCUUCCGAGGUGGUUCAGGCUACAGUGGCCGCUCACAUUUCCGCUGUCUGCACGACUGCGCUGAGACACCGCGAAGAGAUUAUAGCCACCACGAUCACCCCCACGUCAACGCCAGACGUGGAAGGGCUGACACCCACGUCUAGCUUCACCGAGUCCAUAUCCAGUACAGACACAACCGUCGAGCGUGAUGGUGUGGGUCAUGCUGGCGGCGAGGCCCUCGAGCGCGGUGGUAUUGUCGGUGGUUCACACGCUGGGAGCUGCGGCGGCGGCGACGGUAGUGCCGACAGCUGCUACCACAACGGUGUCGGUGGUGGCGACGUCGAGCCGGCGGGACAUGAGCAUGAGAUGCAAAAGUGCGUUGCCGAGCAGAAACGCAGCCCAGAUACCAAGGGAGGGGAGGCAAAUCAGUUAGGGGGACGGGAAAGAAAUAUGCCUCAAUUAACGGAGGAUGGGGCCGGAGAAAAGCCCCCUGCCGUCGACGCCGCCGCCGUUGGGUCCACCGAGGCUUUCUCCUCUCCGCAUACCCUCGUUGAAACUGAUGCUGCCGACCACACCGCUUCGGCCGAAGAUGAUGAUGACGACGACGACUGGUGGGAAGAGGACGAAGAAGACAGUGAGGGCAAAGACGGGGGCGAGAAGAACAGCUCUCAUUUUGAGACGGUCGUGGAGGAGGAGGAGGAGGAGGAGGAGGAGGAGGAG